GACACACUUCCGUUGGGGAAGGAUGAGAAUUAUCGAGGUGCGCAGAGUAAGGUAGAAUGAGUUGCCUGGCCACGAAAGCCACCUUGGUCACUUCAAUUCGUCAGCCUUCAUCUGCAGGGAAUGACGGGAGUGACCGGGGAGUGGGCAUUGAUUGGUGGAUGGGCGCUCCUUGCAGCAUUCGCCGGAGGUAGAACGCCGCCAGGCUGCAGUGGCCGGAGAGGUACCCACCCCAUCUCCAGAUCACGUGCGCAUCCUUAUUGCACCUGCCGCCAUGGAGCACAGUCAGUCAUUGUACCGAUCUUAGUCAGCGUAUCAGAUAAAAGCGGUCCUUCGAUUGCCGACAACCUGCCCGCAACAGGACCCGCCCGUUUCUGAUACGUCCAGCUGGACCAGUGUCACGAAUGUUCCUUGCAGGUGUAAGACGGGAGGGAUUCCUCUCAACGAUUUACACCACCACCAAUAAAUAAAACUCGUG